GAGUAUGAUCCUACAAACUCGCGCACGAUAAGACUUUUUUUACCCUCCCCUCCGAGCUAGAAACGGUGAAGGCUUUGGAGCGUGAUGGGGACUAGGGAAGUGUACGAGGAGAAGCUCCGCACGGGCAAUCUUUAUCACGAUCCCACCAUAAACCCUGGCCUCGGCUCCCCACGCUGUCCCCGUUGCCUCUCCCUCAUAAACCCUAACUCGGCAAACGGGGAGUGGGCGAUCACUUCUGUGUUGCAUGAUGCGACUGCUGUGGCUGGUUCGGGGGCUGGUGCGAUGCUCAGUGCUGUCCACGGAUUCAAUACGGGGAUUCCAUUUCUCCAGAAGCAUGUGAAAGGACCCAAAUGGCUGCAUGUCUUUAUCGGGCUUCCUCCACUGCUCUUGUUUUCUGGAGCUAGUGCUGCAUUUGGAGCUUAUGCAGUUCCUAAGUUCGCUCAGCUCACUGUGACAUCCUAUUAUGCUGCUUCAAGUGCAUCACACCAUGCAAUAUCACAGGUCACCAGAUAUGUGGAAGGUGCACAUUCAUCUCGUGAUCAUCAUGAUAAUCCCAGAUGAUGAGCAUGCACAGCCCCUCUUUGCGGCAUAUUAAUCAACAGGUCGUGCCUCCCAAGUCCUUUUUAAAGAAAGCAAACUCCCUAAGGAAUUAUUAGAUGGAUGUGUAUUUUGUAUGCCUUCUUCGGUAUAAAUUUGUUGUAAUAUUCCUUAUCGGUUACCAGAUGUUUGAACCUAUGAUGUCUCAAAAUGCUGUUGUUAGUAUGCCUGUUCAGACUAUAAUCAAGUUCUCCGGAUCAGUAGGAGAUUGCCAA